UGCAAUUUUCAGCUGAUUGAUUGAUCCAUGUUGUUAUCUUAAACCUCUAUUGAUGCAGCUACAUUAUCAGGAGUCCUCCAGCCACCAGUGGGCCAUGUUUCUCCAGGAUCAAGGGACUCUACCUCUCUGUCAACUACCGAAGAUGGCAGGUCACAACAGGGACUCCACUGCCGCUAUCCUCUCUGUUACUACGAAGCAGAAACGCUGCUUGAAAUGGAAAAUCACGUCAAGAUCCACAAAGACGAGCGUACAUUUCAAUGUGAUUUCUGCCCUCGGAGCUUCUUGCAAAAAAGGAGUCUCGCACUACACCUACGCUCCCACACAGGCGCGAGGCCAUUUCAAUGCCCUUCAUGCCCUCGGAGGUUUUCGCGCAACGACAUCCUUAAAAAACACCUGUGCAUCCAAACAGGCGACCAUCCUUUUGCAUGCCAUUUCUGCCGUAAGACUUUUGCACGUGGUGACGGCCUCAAGCUACACAUGCGCAUCCACACGGGUGAGCGACCAUUUCAAUGCCAUUUGUGCCCUCAGACCUUUACAAUGAAAAGCUCCCUGAAGGACCACCUACGUAUCCACACAGGGGAGCGCCCAUUCCACUGCAAAAUCUGCUUCAGGUCCUUUGUGAAGUCUGGUAAUAUGAACGCUCAUAUGAAAACACACCACCCAGAUGCCACUUAUGCCUGUGUUCUCGAUUACCAGACCCAGCACUUUGAGCUGGUUGACUAUUGGGAUAUUCCGCCUGUUGUUGGUUCAAGGGACUCUACCUCUCUGACAACUACCAAAGAUGGCAGGUCGCAACAGGGACUCCACUGUCGCUAUCCUUUCUGUUAUUACAAGGCAGAAACGCGGCUUGAAAUGGAAAUUCACGUCAAGAUCCACAAGGAUGAGCGUACAUUUCAAUGUGAUUUCUGCCCUCUGAGAUUCUCGCGAAAAAACAAACUCGCACGACACCUACGCUCCCACACAGGCGAGAGGCCAUUUCAAUGCCCUUCAUGCCCUCGGAGGUUUUCGCGCAAGGACAUCCUUAAAAAACACCUAUGCACCCACAUAGGCAACCGUCCCUUUGCGUGCCGUUUCUGCCAUAGGACUUUUACACGUGAUGACAAACUCGCGCUACACCUACGUACCCACACAGGGGAGCGCCCAUUUGAAUGCCAUUUGUGCCCUCAGUCCUUUACAGUGAAAAGCUCCCUGAAGGUACACCUACGUAUCCACACAGGGGAGCGCCCAUACCACUGCAAAAUCUGCUCCAGGUCCUUUGUGCAGUCUGGUACUAUGAAUGCUCAUAUGAAAACACAGCACCCAGACGCCACUUAGUUGGUCACUUGCUGGGUUAGUUUGCUCUAUGUAUUGAGGGCCGUCUGAAUUGCAAAUCUAAAUCUGUUUAUCCGGAUGAACGACUGUCUUGUGCAUCAGGGUGCACAAGUGUUGCAAUAUGUUCUUAUAUGUUGAGCUGCCAAGUAACAUUGCAGGAUGUUUUACCAUCACUGAACAACUGGCAGGGACAUAUGUUGGAGUAACUUUGCUUAGAUUACAACUGUGUUCAGGUGAUAUCACUUCAUGUGAAGGCACAAUAAUUUGCACUCCAUCACAUCUCAACUGUGUGUGGAAAACACCCAUUUCUGCAAUAAAAUAGUAAUGAUCAAUUUUGA